CCCGUGUCCGGGCGGCGGUGGGCGGAGUAGUGACCACUGCUGUGAUCUGCCUCCAAUCUGGUAUUUCAAUGGUGUUGAGCAAGCUGAUCUUUAAAAAGUCACUUUGACAUCAUGUCUCAUGCUGGAGGUGACGUGCCAGAUGGGCAUGCCUCUGGAGCUACCACUGAGUCUGUGGGUGCCAGCAAGGAAUCCCAAUAUGACAUUGUCAAAGCCACUCAGUACGGCGUGCUGGAGCGAUGCCGUCAGCUGAUCGACGACGGCUAUGACGUCAAUCGGAGGGACAACAUCGACGUCACGCUGCUGCACUGGGCCGCCAUCAACAACCGGAUGCCGCUGGCGUCGUACUACAUCGGCCUGGGCGCGGAGGUGGACGCGCGCGGCGGCGACCUUGCCUCCACGCCGCUCCACUGGGCUGUCAGGCAAGGCCACCUGAGCAUGGUGGUGCUGCUGAUCCGACACCGCGCCGACCCCACCAUCCGUGAUGUGGAGGGCUUCGCCUGCAUCCACGUGGCGGCCCAGUGCGGCUACACCAACAUCGUGGCCUACCUGCGGGCGGUGACGGGCGGCGCCGGCGCCACCGCGCCCGACGACAGCGGCAUGCCGGCCCUCAUGUGGAGCGCCUACAAGACCACCGGGAUGGACCCGACGCGGCUGCUGCUGACGUUCGGCGCCAGCACCUGCCUGCAGGACCAGACAUACGGGAACACGGCGCUCCACUGGGCCGUCACGGCGCGCAACGUCAGCGCGGUGCAGACGCUGCUGCGAGCCGGCGCCGACACCAGCGUCAGGAACAAACAGGGAGCCACGGCGCACGACAUAGCGCAGCGACACCAGGUGCAGUGGAUGGGCAGGGAGUGGCUCACCUCGCUCGAGCAGCCCGGCCAGUCGCGUCGCAACGUCUGCAAGCGGUUCACCAGCAAUGCGAAGGUGCAGUACUGGGCGGAGAUGAGCUUACCUCUGCUGGUGUUCUACGCGGUCGGCCAGAUCUUCGCCCUGGAGAUGGACGUGCUGGUCAAGCUGGGCUGCCUGGUUGGCGUCUAUAUCGUGUGCCACUUCUACGGACAGGCCCUGUUCAACAAGGACUUCAUGGAGACGCUGCCGAUGGCCAUAUACCUGGCCACCAAGAUUUGGUUCUACAUCACCUGGGUGGUGUGGCUGCAGCCGUACGUGGGUGCUAGCACCACGCUAGCCUUCCUCGCCUGCUCGUCCCUGCUGUGGUGGGCGUUCGUGCGCUGCUGGCGGGGAGACCCCGGCCACAUGACCUCGUCGCUGACUGACAAGUGCAAGACAAUCGUGUCACUGUCGGAGACGGAGGGCUUCAACAUGGCGCAGUUCUGCAGCACGUGCCUCAUCCGCCGGCCGGUCCGCUCCAAACACUGCUCCGUCUGCAACCGCUGCGUGGCCAAGUUCGACCACCACUGCCCCUGGGUCAACAACUGUGUCGGUGCCGGAAACCACAAAUAUUUUGUGUACUACCUGCUCUUCUUGGCCGGGAUGUGCGUCUUCUUCCUGUACGGCUGCAGCGUGUUCUACCAACGCGCCUGCGCGGUCGCCAUUUCGGAGCAGGGUUUUUGGAACGCCGUCUCCACCAUGGCCACGUGCGAGACGUGGGUGUUCUGGAACGCCCUCAACGCGCUGGUGCACGCCGUCUGGGUGUCGGCCCUGUUCUGCUGCCAGAUGUACCAGGUGGCGUGGCUGGCGAUGACCACCAACGAGCGCAUCAACGCCGCCCGGUACAAGCACUUCGCGUCGGCGGAGGCGGCCGGCCGGCGCCGCUCGCCGUUCGACCGCGGCCCGCUGCAGAACGCCGUCGACUUCUUCGGCUGCCGCUGUUGGGGCGUGUGCAAGCCGAGCCCGCCCGACUGGCGCGCCGUCUACCGGCUGGAGGAGGCGUCUCCCCCGGCGACGGGCCUGGUGGCCGCCGCUGCACAGGUGUGA